AUGCCUACCUACCUCUGCCACGGCUUUCGUUGGGAUCGUCGAAGCAUUCGCGUUUUUGUAGUCGUCCAGAACAUAGACGAUGCUGCCCCCGAAUGGAUCAUUGCGCCAAACUCGUCUCCCGCCAUCCUCGAGUCCUUCUACUCCCUCUUCGACUUCCUCCCCGAACCCACACCCGACGAAUCCGAAGCCCAGCGUGACAAGAAGAAGCGCAACAAGUCCAAAGCGUCCAAGGCGGCCGCACUGCGUAACGAAUAUGAUGUACCAGCCUCGACCGUGCCGCCAGAGGAGGAUGACGUCUUGCAGAACGAUUGGAGUGCUGUCAAACUGCUCGAGGAAUACGAUCCGACUGAUCUGAGCUACGUCAGCCGUCCCUACGCAUACGUGGCCGACCACGUAGUACGCAUCGAUCUAAGUAACUCAAUAACGGAGGAGAUUAUGCGGUACGAAGAGCGAUUGAGCGAGACCAAGGCGAUGGCUAGCGCCCCCAGCGAUGAAUUCUACAAGGCCAAGAAGAGCUCGUCAGGGAAGAAGGCUGGCUGGUUCGAGAAGCUAAGAGAUCAGCUUCAACGAGGAGAGGAUAUCCGCUGGUACAUUGUGGUCUGCGGCGACGAGGUGCGCGAUUUUCCCGAAGACAUGGUUGCGGCAAGGGCAGAACAGGAGGAGGUGGAAAGGGAGGCGGAAAACGCGACACCCCGGCCCCGCGAUCGAAGCGCAGGCCCUUCAACCUCGAGAGGAGGGGCAUCCCCCCGUGAGUACAUGUCGAGUGUGCCAGCGAGUCAGUUUGCAACAGCCAUGUCGCCGCAACAGCUCUCACCAAAGGAGGCGGGUCUGCCUUACGGGACGCUUCCCCAACAUCCCAACAUGGUUGGCAAUUGGUCGGAAAAGGAGACACCCACACUACAGACCAAACCCUCCAUGGACUUGAGGCCAAAGACACCCAAGGGCGGCGGCUUCAGAAGAUUAUUCGGGAAGAAGGGUGAUGAUCCAUGA